CCAUCAGCAUGCAGCCAACAAUCAUAUCACUGUGGGAUCAAUUUAGUGAAUAUGAAGCACGUACAAUGGCAACUUUACCAGGAUCUUUCCCAGUUGCAAUUGGACUGCGCUUGAAAACUUCCACAUACUACGGUCUAACACUCGCCACACGAAACACAUCAAGUUUCAUCUUCAGCCCACCAAUACCGGAAGCAACUGCGCUACAAUCAUGGUGUGUGGUGAAUGCCAACAAGAUCAGAGAAUUGCCAACAACACCAUCACAACUUCUUCUGCCAGAACCAACUGAAGAAUCAGAGGAUAAAAUCACAAAGAUUGCCAACCUUCCUGUGUUUGUACACAAGGUACAGUUCUUAACUGUCAAAGGCAUCGCAACAGUUAUUGAUUUCGGACAGAAAUUCUACUACCUAGCUUGCUCAGUCUGCAAUAAAGCAACAAAUGCAUAUGGAGACGACAACUUCUGGUGCAACUAUUGUCUCCAAAAAGUCCCAGCUCUCGCAGAGAUCAAAUUCAAUGUGUAGAUCACAGACUCCACUGGAAAUAUUGAAGCAAUAGUGUUUUCCGAUGUUGCCUUAAAGUUCUACAACCUUACACCAGCAGAUUUAAUUGACGGACAAGUGCUCCUCCCGGUGCUUCACAAACUGCGCGAACCAAAGGAAUGCACCUUCACAUUGAAGGCCCACAUGUAUAAUUAUGCCGGAGUCAAUCAAAUAAAAUUCAAAGUUCAUUCCAUCUCCACCAAAGACAUGA